CCUGCCCCCCUCACUUAACUCGGGACUUGUCGCUGACAUUUGAAUGAAAGCGGACUGAAAAACUGCAGCCUCGGAUCGCGUAAGAGAAAGAAUGGCGUCGGCUUUGGAGCAGUUCGUGAACAACGUACGGCAGCUUUCCUCUCAAGGUCAGAUGACUCAGCUGUGUGAGCUGAUCAAUAAGAGUGGAGAGUUGCUGGCCAAGAACCUGUCUCACCUCGACACUGUGCUGGGGGCCCUGGACAUCCAGGAGCACUCCCUAGGGGUGCUAGCCGUACUGUUCGUGAAGUUUUCCAUGCCAAACAUCCCCGACUUUGAAACGCUGUUCUCCCAAGUGCAGCUCUUCAUCAGCGCCUGCAACGGCGAACACAUCCGAUACGCAACAGACACGUUCGCCGGCCUCUGCCAUCAGCUGACAAACGCCCUGGUAGAACGAAAACAGCCAUUACGGGGAGUGGGUAUUCUUAAACAGGCAAUGGACAAAAUGCAGAUGAAUUCAAACCAGCUUACCUCAAUUCAUGCAGACCUGUGUCAGCUGUGCUUGUUAGCGAAGUGCUUCAAGCCUGCCCUUCCCUAUCUCGACCUGGACAUGAUGGACAUCUGCAAGGAGAACGGCGCCUACGACGCAAAGCACUUUCUGUGUUACUACUACUACGGAGGCAUGAUCUACACGGGACUGAAGAACUUCGAAAGAGCACUGUAUUUUUACGAACAGGCCAUAACCACUCCAGCCAUGGCAGUCAGCCACAUCAUGUUGGAGGCCUACAAGAAGUAUAUCCUGGUCUCCCUGAUUCUCCAUGGAAAAGUACAACAGCUUCCCAAAUACACCUCUCAGAUAGUGGGGCGCUUUAUCAAGCCACUGAGCAACGCCUACCACGAGCUCGCGCAGGUGUACGCCACCAACAACCCGGCGGAGCUGCGCAACGUGGUGAACAAGCACAGCGAGACGUUCACGCGCGACAGCAACACGGGGCUAGUCAAGCAAUGUCUGUCCUCCCUCUACAAGAAGAACAUCCAGAGGCUAACCAAGACAUUUCUAACGUUGUCCUUACAAGACAUGGCAAGCCGAGUGCAACUCUCUGGGCCUCAGGAGGCUGAGAAGUAUGUUCUGCAUAUGAUAGAAAAUGGUGAAAUUUAUGCCAGUAUCAACCAAAAAGACGGCAUGGUCAGUUUCCAUGACAACCCGGAGAAAUACAACAAUCCGGCAAUGCUCCACAAAAUCGACCAGGAGAUGCUGAAGUGUAUAGAGCUGGAUGAGAAGCUAAAGGCCAUGGAUCAGGAGAUCACAGUAAACCCACAGUUUGUACAGAAGAGUAUGGGAUCACAAGAUGAUGAUGUAGGAAGCAAGACAUCAAGUUACUCCUGAAGCCAUUGGAGGAAGUGUGCCUCAAAUCAGGUUCUUGUUGGAAGACGUUUUUUUAAAGAGGAAAAACCUGUUUGAGCCUGGACAUUGUUCACGAAAAUCUGAGUGUGUGAAACGUUUUAUUGCUUUCACACUGUCUGGAGGAAACAAAAUAAAAAAAAGGAAAAAAUGUUUUAUUUAUCAAUGAUCAGAUGGAAGAGCAGUUUGCUGCAUUAACAGAAAUAAAAACUGGACUUUUUGUUCAAAACUA